AUGAGCGAGUUUGUAUCGACUUGGUUCACACCGCCUGUGGGUGUGCAGAAAGGAUGGGUAGACUUUUCCAAGUCAUCUUUUUGGAUUGCUGUAGUGUCUAUUCUGUUCAACCCCACAUUUUGGAAUAUCGUUGCUCAGAAUGAAUACCGCAACAAGAGUAUAACCCGCCUACUGGGUGGGCGUAGGUACUUGGGAUGCUACUUGCUCGCAUUCACGAUUUUCACUCUGGGUAUACUCCGCGAUCAUUUGUACCAAAGAGCUUUAGAAGAGCAGCCUGUCCAUACGAUGCUCAUGCAUCCAGCUGUGCGUGUGCUCGCAGUCGUCUUGAUUGCCUCCGGCACAGUGUUUGUCCUGUCCUCUAUGUGGAUGCUUGGUAUCACGGGCACGUACCUGGGCGACUACUUCGGCAUACUUAUGGACCACAUGGUCACUGGAUUCCCUUUCAGUGUGCUCAAUGAUCCGAUGUAUGUUGGCAGUACACUGAACUUUGUGGGAGUGGCCCUGUGGUAUGCACGUCCCUCUGGCCUCUUGCUGAGUGUCCUUGUAUGGGUCACUUACAGGGUGGCUUUGUGCUUUGAAAGUCCCUUCACAGCCAAUAUAUACCGCGAGGCCGCUGAGAAGAGGAAGGAAAAACCUGUCCAGGAAGCACGUAGGGCUCCCAGCGCUGCAGCGCCGGCAAUUUCGAGCCACGAGGACGGACCGUCUUCGUCGCACGCGCCUUAUGCGGCGCGUUAUCAAACGCGUCAACGCGCUUUGUAG